AUGAUGCCACUGUCGACUCCUUUGGCGAGUUUACCGCCCGACCACAGUGAUUUUAAUGCUUACGAGACAUUGGAGACCAACUCUGACGCUUACGGGACAUUUAAUGGACGCGUAAUGCCCGAUACUGAUGAGAAAUCCCACGUUUUCAUCAGAUUCUGGCGCUCACUGGGCUUUGCAGCGCUUUUGGUUGUGUUAACAAGCUACAUGCUUUUCCAGAGCUACAAUGAUCCAGUUAAUGGUAAAGUACUAGACGUUACAAGGUUGAAGAGUCCUCAAGUGGUAUCUGGAGUGGCCCACAAGAGUACAAACGACGUGGUAGAUCAUAUGACGACGCUCAGUCAGACGAAUGAGAGUGAUGGAUUUUCCAAGUUUGAAAGAACGUUCUUAAAAAAUGUCAAUACGAUGAAAAUUCGGAAAUUUCAUGGCACUUAUGCCAGUGUGCCUCAUCCAGCAGGUAGUUCUCAGGACUAUCAGACGGCGUUAUUUACUGCAAAGCAAUUGGAGUCAUUUGGAAUCAAAACAGAGAUUAUGGAGUAUUAUCCGCUGCUUUCUUUGCCGAUUCACCGCCAUUUGAGUAUUCUGUCGCCGUCUACAGCGGUGAGGACGUUGAAUUUGACGGAAGCUUCUAUUCCCGGGGACGCAUGCACGAGCAAUAAAGAUGCACUGCCUCCGUAUCUUGGAUACUCUGACUCGGGCAAUGUCACGGCAUCUGUAGUGUAUGUGAAUUAUGCCAGACCUGUGGACUUUCAGUGGUUGAAAGACAAUAAUGUGACGUUGGAGGGCAAGAUUGCGUUGGUGCGGUAUGGAAGCAACUUUCGUGGAUUAAAGGUGAUGCUGGCGGAGCAACAUCGGAUGGCUGGUGUUUUGAUUUACUCGGAUCCAUUAGAUGAUGGGUACGCACAGGGGCCGGUGUAUCCGGAAGGUCCGUGGCGACCGGAGGGAUCGUUCCAACGUGGAUCGUUGCAAUACAACUCCAUUUAUGGUGGCGACCCACUUACCCCAGGCUACCCAUCUCUACCUGGCGAGCCUUACUUGAGCAAGAAAGAGUGUAAAACGAUUCCACAUAUUCCGGCGCUUCCUCUUUCGUACGGUCAGGCUCGGUAUAUUCUCGAGUCGCUGGGUGGUAAGAAGGUGCCUGAGACUUGGCAAGGCGCUCUCAAACUUGAUAAUGGCGCUUACUUUGUGGGUGAUGAUGAAGCUACGGUCCUAAAUAUGGAUGUGGCAAUGGACAAUAGUAUUGGACCUAUCUGGGACGUCAUCGGUACUAUUGAAGGCACAAAGGAGCCCGACCAGAUGGUUCUGAUUGGCAAUCAUCGCGAUGCGUGGGUAUGCGGAGCUGUGGACCCAUCUAGUGGGUCAGCUGUCAUGCUGGAGAUAGCUCGUGGGCUGGGUGACUUGCUGAAAGAUGGCUGGAAGCCCCGUCGCACCCUUGUCAUCGCUUCUUGGGAUGGCGAGGAAUUGGGCUUGCUUGGUAGCACCGAGUUUGCAGAGGACCAUGCUGAGCUGUUGAAGAAGCAGGGUGUAGCGUAUAUCAAUGUAGACAAUGUGGUUGGCCCCUUCGUGAGCUCAGGAGGUACACCAUCGAUAGCAAAGUUCCUGCAGGAAACAGCCCAGCUCAUUCCAGGCAACCCAUUUUAUGGCGUUGAUGUGCAAGAUAGCUUGUACGAGCAAUGGGUGAGCCAGACUGCUAUUCGACGGUCAAGCCUUGCAGCUGGCGCCGAUGAUGGCACUCUAGCUCCGGACCACCUCAUUCAGUUUUUAGGCUCCGGCACAGAUUUUACGGCCUUCUAUCAGCACCUCGGUAUUAUCUCGGCCAAUCUGGGCUACACUGUCGGUAGUGCGAUGUAUGGCACGUAUCACAGCACCAUGGACAGCAUUUCGUACGUGGAAACUGUGGGUGACCCACACUACGCAACGCAGACUACGAUGGCGAAGUGGUGGGGGCUCAUUACGCUACGCUUGGUGGACAACGUUAUCGUACCGUUCGAUUUUUCUACUUACGGGCUUGUAAUGCAAGAAGGCCUUGCCGGCUACGAGAAUAUAACGGCAGCUAUGGGACGCACUAUUGACUACUCUGCACUUCACGAAGCGAUUGAAACGUUCAGCAGCAAUGCUAAGGUCUUUCAAGCGCAUGUUAGUGAGUGUACCCAGAAGGAUACCAUGAAGCAAGAGAGCUGCAAGUCGGAGGCGGAACGUCACUUCUGGAAUGAAAAACUUGUGAGUCUCGAGCGCUUUCUGAUCUCGGACACUGGUCUUCCUCACCGACCGUGGUUCAAGCACAUGAUCUUUGGGCCGGGCUUCUACGAGGGCUACAAGGGAGUUGCAUUCCCGGGAAUCUCGGACAGCAUCGUGUUCGAGGAUGAUAACGCUGCAAUUCAAGCCCAUGUGAACGAUGUCACCGCAGUCAUCAAUAUAGCGGCGGCGUAUCUUACAUUCGCGUAG